AUGCAACUUUGCUUGCUGUUCAACGUCUGCAGACUACCCUGCCGGGCUACUUGGUCAUGGCGAAGCACAAGUACUUCUCCCCGCUCCGCUGCGAGGGCAGAGACUAUUCUCCAAGAGUUCGCACAGGCUGAGUUCUGGAAUCCUUUGCCAGUAUGCCACGCCACAAGCCGUGGGGCCGAGCGUGAAGGGUCCGAGGACAGCUGCCACAAGGCCGACUGA